CAGAGCAGAGCUGGCUGCUUGGCAGCACACGGGCAGAGGUUCUGCUGCUCACAGCACACUCAGCCAGCACAGACCAGAGAAAGGAAACGCAUUUCAGUUGGGGUGAUGUUAAUGAAAAAGAGAGUAGUUUUGCUCCGUGGAGUCUGUCCUAAUAUUAAGUUGUUGUUUCCUUUUUUGAACAGAGAAACAGCCAAUGUCCAACAGCAGCUCCAUCACCCAGGUCCUCCUCCUGGCAUUCACAGACACACGGGAGCUGCAGCUCUUGCACUUCUGGCUCUUCCUGGGCAUCUACCUGGCUGCCCUCCUGGGCAACGGCCUCAUCAUCACCACCAUAGCCUGUGACCAGCACCUCCACACCCCCAUGUACUUCUUCCUCCUCAACCUCUCCCUCCUUGACUUGGGCUCCAUCUCCACCAUUGUCCCCAAAUCCAUGGCCAAUUCCCUUUGGGACACCAGGACUAUCUCCUAUCGAGGAUGUGCUACACAGCUCUUUUUUUUUCUCUCCUUGAUCUCUGUUGAGUAUUCCCUUCUCACCAUCAUGGCCUAUGACCGCUACGUUUCCAUCUGCAAACCCCUGCACUACGGGACCCUCCUGGGCAGCAGAGCUUGUGUGCACAUGGCAGCAGCUGCCUGGGCCAGUGGCUUUCUCAACACUUUUCUACACACGGUCAACACAUUUUCACUGCCACUCUGCAAGGGCAAUGCUGUGGACCAGUUCUUCUGCGAAAUUCCUCAUAUCCUCAAGCUCUCCUGCUCACACUCCUACCUCAGGGAAGUGUGGCUUCUUGUUGUUAGCUCCUGUUUAGUCUUUGGGUGUUUUGUGUUCAUUGUGGUGUCCUAUGUGCAGAUCUUCAGGGCCGUGCUGAGGAUCCCCUCUGAGCAGGGACGGCACAAAGCCUUUUCCACGUGCCUCCCUCACCUGGCCGUGGUCUCCCUGUUUGUCAGCACUGGUAUUUUUGCUCACCUGAAGCCCCCUUCCAUCUUCUCCCCAAACCUAGAUCGGGUGGUGUCCGUUCUGUACUCGGUGGUGCCUCCAGCAGUGAACCCCCUCAUUUACAGUAUGAGGAACAAAGAGAUCAAGGAUUCCCUGAGGAAAUUAUUUGACCAAGGAAUACUGCAGUAUCAAUAAGCAGUCUAUCAUCCUCAGGAGAAAGCUUGGAGGCUUUUUUUAACAUAUAUGUCUUGGUUUUCUUUUUGUUUAAUAUACUUCAAAUCAUAUUCCCACUGAAAGAAUAUUAUUUAUUGCCCUCUACCAGUGUUUUGUGGUGUAAAGUCCUCAUAUACAAAUGGAGCAUUGCUCCCAGUGCAGGUAAACACAGCAAAGAAACCAGCAGGA